CUUAAAGCGGGCGGCGCUGGACCAGCAGCUGUGACGUGACCCGGUCCUUGCGCGUCUUCAUCACCGCUCUUCAUCAUCCUCACUGUCCCGGAGCGUCUUUGGUCCAAAUGGGAAAUCCGCGAGUCUUCUUUGACGUCACCAUCGAUGGUGCCAACGCGGGGCGGAUCGUCAUGGAGCUGCGCGCGGAUGUGGUUCCAAAGACAGCCGAAAACUUCCGAGCCCUGUGCACUGGCGAGAAGGGCUUCGGCUAUAAGAGCUCGUGCUUCCACCGAAUCAUCCCCAAGUUCAUGUGCCAGGGGGGCGACUUCACCAACCACAACGGCACAGGAGGGAAGUCCAUCUACGGCGAGAAGUUUUCCGACGAGAACUUCCUGCUGAAGCACAGUGGGAUGGGGACGCUGUCCAUGGCCAACGCCGGGCCCAACACCAAUGGGUCUCAGUUCUUCAUCUGCACAGCCAACACCGACUGGCUGAACGGGAAGCACGUGGUGUUUGGGAGUGUGGUGGAGGGCCUGGACGUGGUAAAGGCGGUAGAGAAGCAGGGCACCAAGAGUGGGACGCCCAAAGCCAAGGUGGUCAUCGCCGACUGUGGCGAGCUCAAGUAGAUUCAGUACACCACCCGUCUGUACGCCGCUGCACCAUCCCGGUUCCUUUCUGCUUGUGUUUGUUGUGUGUUGAUGUUCUCCAAAUAAAGGUGAUAAGUGGUAGAGUCCUGUGCUGGGGGGA